AUGCAACCGCUAAACCCCUUCCUGGCCGCCUUCUUCAAGAGCUCGGUAGCCUCGCAGUGCACCCCGGUACACCACUAUAUCCUGCUCGUGCCACUGACAGAUGUCCUCUUGACUUCGCGUGAGACGGAGACGGGCGCUCCCUCCAGCGAGGUCAUUGCCUCGGAGGACUUCCUCGCCAGCCACGUCCUGCGCGUCCCGCCCCCGGGCUCUGGGCCCGGAGCCAAGGAUGGCGUGCCCAACUUGCGCGAGGUGAGAGGCAAGGCAAAGCAGGUGUCGACUCUCAACGGGAGGAGCGUCGUCAUCAAGGACUCUACCGUCUACAGUAACAAAGGCUUCAAAAGCCUGGCACAGGCACAGGUUCUGAGCGAUAACACCUUCUACCCUGAUGCUUUUGAAGCCCGACAAUGGCUCAUCUACUACAUCUCGAAACCGUUGGUCGGCACCUGGGAGGAGGUCAGGCUCACGCCUGCCGUACUCAUCCCCGGAGUGAGGAAGAGGAAGAUGGUAGAGCAGCAGAGGGCGUCCAAGGCUGCAAGCGCAUCCGACGCUGACCUGCCCAAGAAGAAGGACAUCCAGAGCUUCCACGACCUGCUCAACAACUUCCCCAUGAUCGCUCGCCAGAUGCACGCCGGCCUCGAGAGGCUCUUCCUUGAGUUCAACAAUGUCUUCCAGAAGCCUUUGCCUCCUCCCCCGUCUGCUACCGAGAUCCCCGACCCACUUCCUGACGGCCCCAUAGCUUCCGCCAUGAGGAGGGCCCGUUCGAGUAGCUUGUCCAGGUAUGGGGAACAGGGUGUACAGCACCUGCCAGUAACUGACGACUUCUAUGCCGAGGACGAUGAGGAUAUCAUGAGGGCGUCGUUGGAGUCCGCCGUCACCACAGCCAUUGACAUAUUUCAAGGCGUAGACAGGCAGCAACUGUCUCUCCUAGGUGCGACAACUGACCUGACGGGGCCAUUGGUGGAGAAGCUCAUCGAGCGCUACGUCACAGAGAAUGUCCAUCGCCUCCUCUUCCCCCGGCUCAACGCCAUGAAGCGUCCAGAGGACAUUGACCUCGAGAAGAAGAUACACCAGAUGGAGUACAUCGACAUCUCACAGCUGGGCAUCGCCAUCGAUGGCGGCCAAAAGGGAAAGCACGACCUCAUCAUUCAGAUCGACCCCGCCAUUGAAGAGUUCAGGAAGAUUGCGACCGCACUGAGCCCUCAGGAAAUGAUGGAUCUGUUGCUAUCCACAAUCAAGAGGGUAUCCCACCUGACGGAGCCAGUUCUGGCGGGCGGCCCGGCCGAGCUUCACUCGGAAAAGACGAUGAUGACGGUGAAUGCGGAUACGCUCGUGUCUCUGCUGUUGUACGUUGUCAUACGGUCCCAGGUGCGCCACCUGAAUGCGAGACUCAGCUACAUACGAAGUUUCAUCUUCAUCGACGACGUCGACUCGGGAGAGCUCGGGUACGCCUUGAGCACUUUCGAGGCGGUCCUAACCUACCUAUCCAUGGACUCGUCCGGGCUGAGGCGCGCGAGCAGGAGGAACAAGGCGUUGUGGAACUCUGCUAAGAAGGGCGACAUGGAGACGUUACGCAGCAUCCUUGAGCCUAGUUCGGCAGCCGACGGUGCCGGACAAGAUUCGCCAGAUUCGCCCAGGUCUAGGCGAAACUCGGCCACCUGGAGCGCUUCCAACGGGGAGGGUAAAUCUAGGAGGUCUUCGUGGACGUUCACCCUUUCGGAGCGCUUCUCGCAUGGCUCCGGUCUGAGCCACGUGUUUCCGUUCCAGUCGGAUGGGUAUCAUGAUGACAAUGGGUCGACGGCGGCGCCCAAGAAGAUCAAGCGGGUGGCCAUGGAUACGCGAAGCCUAUCAAGCGGAUCGGAAAUAUCAUUCCAGUCGCACACGGCGAGUGUGGCCAGCAUAGGUAGCGCCCAGGAGGGCGACAUCUCGGCGGAGCGACUGUCGCAGACAAACAACGCGUUUGGCGAAUCAGUGCCCAUGAUGGCGAUCCAGAACAAGCAACCCGAGGUGCUACGGUACCUCCUGUCGCUCUCGGAGCACUACCCGCUACCGACGGUAUUGGACGAUAUGAACAACGAGAACACGACGCUCCUGAGUGCGGCGGUGCAGCUGGGCCACGCGGAGCUGAUUGACAUUGUCUGGGGCUUUGUAACAACGAAGUCAAGCGAUGCGGAGAUUGUGGACUACGUGGCGCGCCAGGAUAUCUGGGGCCGCAGCAUAGGUCACUACCUGUUCCACGCACCGUUUCUCAUAGAACAGAUCGGGCACAUCAUACCGUGGCGGCAGCGGGACAAGAACGGGCAGACGCCGCUGUUCGCCCUCUGCAGGUCGUAUGACCACGGCAACUACCACGACAUGGUUGAAGCCGCUCUCGAGGCGGCCAGGAGGGCGCAGCGCGACGGGGAGCCGCUGCACGUGGACGAGCAUGUGGACAACAAAUCCAACACGCUGCUACACAUCAUCAACGAUGCGCAGCUGGCGCUCACCAUUCUGCAGCGAUGCGACGUGGACGUAAACGCGACCAACGAGAGGCGGUUCACGCCGCUGAUGGUGGCGAGCAAGUACGGGCGAUACGACAUGGUUCGGGCGCUUUUUGCAGACCCCAGAGUAGACGUUGGAGCCAAGGAACUGCGAGGGCUCACAGCGGUGGAGCUGGCCAAGGACGACGAAGUCCGGAACCGCAUAGACGACCUGGGACUGUUCAGCAUGGUGCCCGGGCGUGACGGGCGGAUAACGGGAGUAGUGCGGGCCUUCUUCGUCGAGGACGGCAGCGUGCGGCUUGUGCUCAAAUCAGCGGCUCCCACGGACCGGGAGAGCUACACAGUGACGACGAGCCGGCGGUCGCUGACGGACUUUGAACAGCUGAUGCAGCUGCUGGGCGAGGAGCACCCGGCGUCGUGGCUGCCGCCCAUGUCGGACACGCGGUCACCCUUCCAGAUCCCGUCAAAACCGUCGCGGGCGAUCCUGCGCGACAUCCAGGCCAAGACGGACUCGGCGCUGAAAGUGAUGCUGGGCCACCCGACGUUUGCGACGCACGAGAUGCUAUGGGAGUUCUUCCUGGUCCCUGAACUGCAGCUGGACACGAUGCGCGAACGUUCCAAGCUUAAGGCCGAGGCCAGGGUGGAGCGUGUCCGCGACGAGUACGAGCCCAUCACCGAAGUGAGGGAGGUGGAGCAGUUUGUCAACCAUGCUCGCGAUAUGGUCCGGAGCGUCAGUCACUCGACCAAGAGUGUUACAAGGCGAGCCAACAGCACUGGAGUGGCAGCAGCAGACAUGUACGACUCGUCUGUCCUCUUACACCGAGCAGUAACGACAUUACCGUUUCUUCCGAACCGAUACGUUGACGCGUUCGAGACGUAUGUGCGGGCAUUGACACCUACGCAAUCAAGCCCGGAGAUGACGCUCCACACGUCGCUGCUGGGAGUGCAGUCCACGGUGCAGGGCCUGUUGUCGGCGCUUUCGCGGCCUCUGACGUUAGUGGGCCAGAUCCAGUCAGCCAGGCGGGAAGCGGAGCGCAGCCAGAGUUCUACGUCACGGUCGUCACGGUGGCCUCUAGGCUUGCUAGACGACACGCGACAGCGGAUGCAGGAUGAGAAGGAGAAGCGGGCUCGACGGAUCGGCGAAGAGGCCGGUUACUAUGCCCGCGAGCUGCGGUACACGCAGCAGACGGUGGCCAGUGAGCUGGCGGGGUGGCAGGACAUGCACGACCGGAUGGGCAGACGUCUGAUAGCCGAUUACGCCCGAGGCAUGCUGGUGCAGGAGCGCAACAAGCUAGACGGUAUGAUGAGGGCACUGCGGAAAGUGAGGGGCGUGGCGGAGGAAGGACGGCAGAGGCACUGGGGUCCUCUCCCCAGGUCCCCGCCGGGACUGAGGAUGCAGGAUAGGGAGAUGGCGGAGGCGGGACAAGGGCCCGUGGAUGAGGCCAGUGGUGGGGGGGAGCGUGUCUGA